UCUACAAAAAGUCCUACAUUAAGGGCGAACAAAACAAAGUGUAGUGUUGUUCUGCAUAAGGGUAUAUCAAUCAACAGCAGUACGUUCCGUUUGACGCGCACAAGCUUACGUAGCGUCGUCAGGAUUGCACAGACUCAGUAUUGUAAGUUGAUGCUGUUAAAAUAACCGCGCAUACCACAAGAAUCAACUAUGUACGGUUGUGCUGCAUCCUUCUGUACCAAUACUCGGUAUCUCGUGAAGCAGCGGAAAGAAAACAUCACUUUCCAUACGUUUCCUGUGGACAAAGCAGUCUGCCGCGAGUGGAUUCAGUUUUGCAAACAACACGAACAAUGGACACCUACCAAGCAAAGCGUCAUCUGCUCGUCGCAUUUUCAGCCAGAGGAUUAUCAAUUACCUAAACAACCGCUUCAUGAAAAACGAAUAGGAUUACGAAGACUUCAUUCGGAUGCGGUUCCUUCAAUCAUGAACAAGGAGGAAUUGACAACGGACGAAGGAAACGUCCAUUAUGCCCAAACUGACUCAAAGCCGUUUAAGUAUCGCGAUCAGUUCUGUAGAACUUGUUUGAAGCACUGCCAGAAUUGUUCAAUUCCGGUUGAUUCUGAAAUACAGAACAUGACGGUGCUCGAUAUGCUUAUUCAACUUACCGCGUUUGAAACGGACGAUAACGAAGCAUUUCCAACAGUCAUAUGCUUGCUUUGUAGCACAAAGCUGCAACAAGCAUUUAACAUUCGCCAAGAGUUCAUCGCACAGUCAGAACUGCUCGUACAGAUGGCCGCUGAGCAGAACCUUAUUGAUUACUUUGAUAAGGUUUCAGCUGAAUCAUAUGGAUCAACAGACGAUGAACAGUCUAAAAAUUAUAGCAUCUUAGAGGAUAUAAAUGAUGAAACUCGCAGUGAUCCUAACGACUGUCUUUCUGUCGAGCAUGAAGAGACGUACGACUGUGGUGACGAGGAUGAUGAAGACCAGUCGCAAAUAACCGAUUCAUUCGAUCACUCAUGCUACACGAAAAUUGAAAAUCAAUUAGGAGCUGGCAGUGUUGAUAUGGGAGAAGGAUCGGGCUCAGAAAAUAAAACAAUUGGAGAUGAAUCCGCUACCCAGGAAGGCAACGGAGAAGAAAUACAGCCCAAACGCAAAAGAAGGCAGUUUCCGCCACUACACACAACCCCAGAUGAUGGCGAUUCUUGGGAAAGCUUUCAGCGUUUCUGUGAGCAAGAAAAGGCCGCGAAACGAAAGCGUUUAUCUGAAAUACAGAGCCUUCGUAGAGCAAAACAAAACAAAGGUUUAAGUACUGAACAAAGAAAAUUGGAUGAAGAAGCUCGAAAACGCUUUCCAUUUACAACGUGUUACAUAUGCGAUAGGAAACACAAUACUCUAAUGGAUCGAGAUUAUCACAUGCGAGAACAUAUCCAUAUGUUACCGUAUGAAUGCAACGAAUGCUCGGUGAAAAUCGAAGGAACGGAAAAUUCGGAGCCGAUAGUACUUAACACAACACAUAAGUUGAAUCUACAUUUCAGAAUGCAUCGAAUGCCGCACAAAUGCGUCAAAUGCUAUCAUCGCUUCAGUACUAAAACAAAACUUAAAACUCAUUUUUGGGCCUCACACGGUUAUGCAGAAAGCGGAGGACUAACGUGUGAAUAUUGUGGAAAGCAAUACUUCCACAAAAUUGCUUUUAGAAAACAUGUUGCUCAUCAUCGGAACGAAUUGAGCGGCCAAUUCAAAUGCUCGAUAUGUGACCGUACAUUUGGUGUAAAGAGUUCUCUGCAACGACACGAAGCAUCCCAUAAGGGUGAGAAAAAGUAUAAGUGCUUGUAUUGCGAAAAAUCGUUCAGUACGUCCUACAAUCGACUCAAUCACCAUAGAAUACACACUGGAGAAGGAUUUCACAAGUGUUCGGAAUGUGAUCGUUUGUUCUCGCAAAAAUCCGCACUCCGGUAUCAUCAGCAGACACAUCUCAAAGUGCGACCAAAAGAAAAAACUGAUUCCAUCACAAAGGCUCCUAAAACCAAAACCGCUAGAACUGAACUGCUUCCUGACAAUGGUGGGACAUGUCCUUAUCCCGGCUGUGUCUAUACGGCUACAAGUUACAGUGCAAUGUACAUGCACAAGCGUUCGAAGCAUGAACCCAUGGUUCAGUGCGAGGUUUGCAAUAAGCAAUUUGCUUUUGCAAACCAGUUGAAAAUUCACAUGACACUGCACACGGGUGAAAAACCGUACCAGUGCGAGCUGUGCAAUCGCAGUUUUCGACUCAUCAAAGAUUAUCGAUGGCACUUGGCAACGCACGACUCGGACACGAGCUAUGCCUGCAAAAUAUGCCAGAAGAGCUUCAAGUUGCAACGGUAUCUACAGGCACAUAUUCUGACCCAUUCAACAGAGCGUAAAUUUUCGUGUGACAUUUGCGGUAACAGCUACAAGACAAAAGGCGAACUCAAAAAGCAUACGCAACACAAACAUUCGGAGGAAAUUAUCCGCGAAAUAAUAAUCAAAUCUGAGGUUGCUUUUGGGGAAGAACAUGUUGCUAGCUCAAUUUUGGAGGAAAAUAAAUUCACACUUGAUGUUACUCCUAACCAAGAAUUAAGCAUGGCUUCUACGCGUUGCGCUGUAACCUUCUGCGAAAAUACUCGCUAUAAGGUUAAACAACAAAAUGCCAACAUCACGUUUCAUACCUUUCCCAUGGACAAGAACAUCUGUCGCCAGUGGGUUCAAUUUUGCCGACAAAACAAAAACUGGGCUCCUACCAAGCAAAGCAUCAUCUGUUCAGUGCAUUUUCAACCGGAAGAUUAUCAAUUGUCUAAACUACCACUACAUGAAAAACGUAUAGAAUUAAGAAGACUUCACUCGAACGCUGUGCCUACAAUCGUUGGCCCUGUCCCAAGGUUGGAAUAUGAAAGUAAUGCUGAAGAUGAAUCAAGAACCUCCCAGGAAAGUGUCCACGACGAUGAUCAAACAAACCCAUCUAUACGGAAGUAUCGUGACGAAUUCUGUAGGGCAUGCUUGAAGUACUGCAAUGAUGGAACUGCUAUACCAAUCGAUGCUCACAUACAGAACAUGACGGUGCUCGAUAUGCUGAUACAACUUACCGCAUUUGAGACAGAAAACAACGAUUCAUUUCCAACGGUCAUGUGCUUGCAGUGUAGAAUAAAGCUAGAACAAGCGUUUAACAUACGCCAGGAGUUCAUCGCACAGUCAGAAAUGCUUGUACAAAUGGCAGCCGAACAGAGCAUUAUUGACUACUUUACUCAGGUUUCGGCUGAUGUUUAUGAACCGUCCGAAUACAAAACUACUAAAGAAGAGAUCAGCUCGGAAGAUGUAUAUCAAGAACACAACACUGGUUCCAGCGAUUGCCAAUCCGUCAAGGAUGAAGAUAUCGAAAUUAUGCAUUCAGCGGAUAUUGAAUAUGAACCCUACGCUGAUGGUCACCAUUCAGAAGAAUUGUCCGAUUUAAUUGACCAUUCAAGCUACACUAAGGUCGUUGAUGAAUAUGAAGAAAUUGUGGAAGACGAUGGUGGACAGGAAAGUACGGUUGAUAUCGACGUUGCUAGUACUAAUAGUUAUUUACCGGAAAUCAAGCCAGAUCCUAGUGUAAAGCAAGGUGAUGCUGAUCCUAAUGGAGCACAAGGUGAUAGCUGGGAACAAUUUCUACAAAUUUUCGAAAAAGAAAAGGCAGCGAAACGAAAGCUUAAGGCUGAAAUACGACGAGCGCUAAAAAGUAAGCAAACUAAACCGCUUAAAAGUAAAACACGACAACUGGAGGAAGAAGCUUUAAAUAACUUUCCAUUCACAACAUGUUACGUUUGCGACAAACACCACGAUACAGUAAUUGAACGAGAUUUUCACAUGCGAGAGCAUGUCCAUAUGUUGCCUUUCCACUGCAAAGAAUGCACGGUGGAAAGCAACGAAAGUGAAGGAAUCGAACAUUCGGAGAGGGAUCAACCAAUAGUACUGAAUACAAUGAAUCAGUUAAAUCUACAUUUCAGAAUGCAUCGCAUGCCGCACAAAUGCGACAAAUGCUACCGUCGGUUUAGCACUAAAACAAAACUUAAAACUCACCUGUGGGCCUCGCAUGGUUAUGGAGAAAAUGGACUAACGUGUGAGUAUUGCGGAAAACAAUAUUUUCAUAGAGCCGUGUUUAGGACCCACGUUGCCCAUCAUCGGAACGAAUUGAGCGGCCAAUUCAAAUGCUCGAUAUGUGAUCGUUCGUUCGGGGUAAAAAGUUCCCUACAACGACACGAAGCAUCUCAUAAGGGUGAGAAAAAGUAUAAAUGUAUGUACUGCGACAAAUCGUUCAGUACGUCGUACAACCGAUUGGCUCACCAAAGAACUCACACUGGGGAGCGACCGUUCAAGUGCGACGAAUGUGACCGUACAUUCACCCAAAGUACCACGCUCAAGGCACAUCAAAAGUCGUGCAAUAGUACCACAAAACCCACGACCACCUCACGCAAGAUCCGUGGACCCGCUUUACUCCCCAGCAAAGACGGACGUUGCCCAUACGCCGGCUGCGACUACACGGCCGCGACGUACACUGCAAUGUAUAUGCAUAAGCGUACGAAGCAUAUGCCCUUGUACCAGUGCGAGGUAUGCAGCAAGACGUUCGCUUUCGCCAAUAUGCUGAAGGAUCACAUGACGUUGCACACGGGCGAAAAGCCGCACAAGUGCGAGACAUGCGAUAGAAGUUUCCGGCGAGUAGAGAUUUAUCGCAGACAUUUGCUGACGCACCGGUCGGACUGCACUUACACGUGCGAGAUCUGCCAAAAAUGUUUCAAGCUGCCCCAGUAUCUGCAGGCGCAUAUGCAGACCCACUCAUCAGUGAGAAGAUUUGCGUGCGAAAUGUGUGGCAAUAGUUACAAGACAAAGGGCGAGCUCAAGAAACAUGCCCAACGCAAACACUUUGAUGGAACAAAUGUUGAAGAAAUAGUUGUUAAAGCAAUAGACUCUUAUGACGAAGAAAAUGUCUCAACAACGGUGAUAGUGGGUAAUUAAUAUGCUUUUGCUUUCUGACCAAACGGCUCUUAACAUAUUUACUCUAUAGGUACAAACUCACUAACUUAAAAUUUCCUUUGUAUGAUGAGCUGUAAAAUUGUCGCAAUUUUAUUUGUUCAUUUUUCUGACGAAUUGAAGAAGUUUAGUUAAACAUUUUUUUAAGCACAUCAUAAUUCUAUAAUUAAAAAUCGUGUUAUCAUAGUAGAACCAUAAGUUUAAGCUAGCUUUCGUAAUGACAAUGGCCAGGUAUAACGUUUCGCAGAGAAGGCUGACUUGCAACACAAAUGGAGCAGCGAACCGGAAAUUGAUGCACAAGAUUAUGGAGACGUAACGUUAUUAAGGACUUAAACUUAGCACCCUGCAUCUCAAGCCAAGGCACCCGUGGACUCAAGUAAAGGCAAAUCUUCGGCGUCCAGAAAACACGGAAAAAGGCAAGGAGACGUGUUCCAAUUAUGAAAAAUGCUUAUACUUGAGAUUGUAGAAAUAUAGAUAAAUCAUGUUAAGCAAUUUGUUUGUGUUCUCAACCUGUAGCAUUAUGUAACAAGUUUACGAUCAAACUUAAAACUUCUUCUUCUUCUUGGCGUAACGACCUCUUUGUCAUGCCUGCCCGUUAAGGGCUUACGAGACUUGUUUCCCUGUUGUCGUACGUGGAUAGUCAGUCCUCUCGUACAGGGGAAACUUAAAACUUAUUUUAAACAUAAAUAUAUUGCCACAUACAUGCAGUAAAGGUAUAAGUUUAUUUUUCAACGUACUGAUUUAUUACAAAUAGCUAAACAUUUCACACCACAUUGAAGUUUUUGAAUUUAAAUUACAAAUUAUAGUAAGUCGCGUAUUACAAUCAUGUACGAACAAAUUUAGGCAAAGCAGCGAAAGUAAAUGGCUAUCUUUAGGUUAGACUUAAAUAAUACCAUACCAUAAAGAAAAUUAUGUUUGCAUGAAGACGUUCCACAAGUAAAUAAAAGCAAGUUCGAUUACAAAAAACUUAUUAUGAGCGAUUUUAAGCAUAA